GAUGAUGAUGAGGACGGUGAUGAUGAAGAAGAAGAUGAUGAAGAAGAAGAAGAGGAGGAGGAAGAGGAGGAAGAUGACGAAGGACAGGAGCAUGACCAUGGCUCAGAGGGCUCCGGGGUAACUGAUAACUCGGAGAACUGGGACAUGACUCGAGGGAAUCUGGGGCUGCUGGAGCAGGCGAUCGCCCUGAAGGCAGAGGAGGUGAAGGGCGGCCAGGAGGCGCGGAGCUCUCCGGACUACCAGCCCUACACCACCUCCUCCAGGAGCAGUGAGAACGUCGCUGCAGCCAGACGCACAGGCACCUACAGCAAAGACAAGAAGGAGGAGAAGUGUCCGACUCCAGGCUGUGAUGGGACUGGUCAUGUGACUGGGCUGUACCCCCACCAUCGCAGUUUAUCAGGAUGUCCUCAUAAGGACCGAAUUCCUCCAGAGAUCCUCGCCAUGCACGAGAAUGUCCUGAAGUGUCCGACUCCAGGCUGCACAGGUCAAGGACACGUCAACAGCAACCGCAACACACAUCGCAGUCUGUCCGGCUGUCCCAUUGCAGCAGCAACACGGCUGAACAAGCAUCAGGACAAACAGGUCCAUGUCCCCGCUGCGGCCUGCGAACCCUCGUCCAACUCCGACAGAGUGCUCAGGCCCAUGUGUUUUGUGAAGCAGCUGGAGAUCCCUCAGUACGGCAGCUACCGGCCCAACGCCGUCACCACCACGCCUCGUGCCAACUUAGCCAAGGAGCUGGAGAAAUACUCCAAGGUGUCUUUUGACUAUGCAAGCUUUGACGUCCAGGUGUUUGGAAAGCGUAUGCUGAUCCCUAAGAUGCCGAGCACCACAGACACGUCACCCAAAGCCUUCAAAUCAAAGGUAUUCCCAAAGGCUGCGUCCCCCACUCACAGUGCAUCUGGGGAAAUUUCCAAGAGCACCUCUGCCUCCAGUGGUUACGAUUACAGCCAGGAUGCUGAGGCAGCACACAUGGCAGCAACAGCCAUCCUCAACCUGUCCACACGCUGCUGGGAGAGACCAGAGAUGCUCAGCGCCAAGCCCAGGGACCCCUGCUCCAAGGACCCAGACAUCGAAGUCGAUGAGAAUGGAACCUUGGACCUCAGCAUGAAGAAGACAAAGAGGGAAGGUAUGCAGUCUCCAGAGCCUUCAUCAUCCUCGUCCUCAUCCUCUCAAAACAUUGGAACCAAUUCUUCCCACGGUCAUCCCCAGUCAGAGUGGGAGGAGCCCCUGGACUUUACUAAACCAAGUGCAUUCAAGGAGGAGGAACAUGAGGAGACGGAGUACACAGCACCCUCAUACACGUCAUCUGAUGUUGAGGAAGAAGACCAGGAGAACAUGGAGGAUAGGAAAUACCCUGGUGAAGUCACAACCACCAACUUCAAGGUCAAGUUUCAGCCCAAAGACAGCAAAAAAGAGAUUCUCAUGUGCCCCACCCCAGGCUGUGAUGGCAGCGGACACAUUACCGGAAACUACGCCUCCCACCGGAGGUGUCCCACUCCAGGCUGUGAUGGGUCUGGCCACAUCACAGGGAACUACGCCUCGCACAGAAGUCUCUCUGGAUGUCCCCGGGCCAAGAAGGGCGCCACCAAGUCAACGCCCACCAAGGAUGACAAGGAGGACUCAGAACUCCUGAGGUGUCCAGUUCCUGGCUGUGACAGCCUAGGUCACAUCAGUGGAAAAUAUGCCACCCACCGCAGUGCCUACGGCUGUCCACUGGCAGCACGACGCCAAAAGGAAGGACUGCUCAAUGGUACUCCAUUCUCAUGGAAGGCCUUCAAGACUGAGGGUCCAACCUGCCCAACACCAGGGUGUGACGGCUCCGGGCACGCCAACGGAAGUUUCUUAACACACCGCAGUCUCUCAGGUUGUCCCAGAGCAUCAGCCAACAAGAGGAAAACCAAAUUCCCUGGAGAAGAGUACAUAACUGCAAAAUUCAGAGCCAGUGAUGUUUUGGAUAACGACGAGGACAUCAUGCAACUCAACAAGGAGAUCAGCGAGCUCAAUGAGUCCAACUCGGAGAUGGAGGCUGAUGUGGUGAAUCUACACACGCAGAUCUCUUCAAUGGAGAAGAACCUGAAAAACAUUGAGGAGGAGAACAAAGUGAUGGAGGAGAAGAAUGAGGCCUUGUUCCUGGAGUUGUCAGGUCUCAGUCAGGCUCUGAUCCACAGCCUGGCCAACAUCCGGUUGCCCUCCAUGCAGGAGCCACUGUCGGAGCGGAAUUUUGAUAGCUACGUGGACACGUUGACCCAAAUGUUCUCCAACAAAGACUGCUACCAGAACCCAGAGAACCGGGCUCUGCUGGAGUCCAUCAACCAGGCGGUGAAGGGCAUCGAGGUGUGACGUCUUGGUGGGACUGGAACUGUGUUGUGUGUUCUUUGGGUUUCUUUCCUGUUUGUAUAUUGCUCUGCAGGAUGUCCUUUUCUCCGUAUCGUGACUGAUAGCUUGUAGGUUCAUUCUUGCUGUUGCUGUGGAACUGUUUUUAUAUGUAUUUAUUCAUGUCAAUGAUUCUGUUGAUCAUUUUUAUUUAAAGAUCCAAACUUUGAAACAGGAACGUUUCCUCAACACCGUUGAACAAAGAGGAAAUAUUUUAAAGUAUAGGCUAUGAAUUACUUUAUAAGAUCUGCUUUCUGUCAAACACUGGGGACUUUUUAUGUAUUUUCUAACAAAAGGUUUUUAAUAACUUUUUAAAGAUUUUUGGAGCUUGUGUUUAUAUAAUUUUCCUUUUUAUCUAUUUUGAGUACACGAUGGGCCGGGACAACAGAGUUGCACAUAUUUAUUUAUUGUGACUAUUUAUUGAUUUGGUCAGUGCUGAUUGUAGCCGUGCAUCAGUUAGUAAGUUUGUCUUGAAAUAAAAAGUGAACUUGCAGAGAAA